UUUUUAUAGAGAAAGCUAGAAUUGCAUCCAUCGAACAGAGAUUCGUAAUUUUAAGCUUACAUAUUAUAAUCCCAACAAAAAAGGAAAGGUUAACACAAUUUAAAUAUGUGUUUGACGAUGUAAAAUGUGUAUGUAUUAGGGUUGUUGCCCGUGGUUCUUCGUAAGCGAUUGAGCGAAGAUUGCUUGCGUCUCUGCACCGUUGUCCCAUUUACCAUAAACUUUUGUGUUGCUCCCCCUUCGUGCAUCAUACUGCUGGCACCAAUAUCUGAUCCGCUGUGGUAUGGUUCCUGGUGCACCGCGGAACACAUUGCUGCAUGUCGGUGUCGAAACUAAAAGUGUGGUUUCAGUGUUCUGAUCGAUUCUUUAGCAGGGUGAACCGAUUGGCUUGACGGCACAGGUACGAACGGCACAGUACACUACCACAUCCCGAGCUGUGUUUCAUCUGUGAAGAUGUCUAAAACGUUAAAACGGCCAGUGGCGGGUGAACGGCCCAGCUGCUACAUUCCCACUCGGUUGGACGAUCGUCGUAUUAGGCACCGAACGUUGCGCCAGGAACGGCGAAGAAAGCCCGACAAACCGGACGAUUUCGUCACGUACGAAGAUAGUGACAGUGAGGAGGAAACGCCUAGCCAGCAGCACCAGGUCCUUAGUACAUCGUACAACUUUGUAGACUACAUUAGAAGCAGAGAAUCAGACUUGCCCGAUGAGCGAUCGAUAGAUCCAACGUACGCCAGCAGGCACAUCCUGACGCACGAUAUGUUCCGCGAAACGCCCAUCUCCUUGGGCAACAUCAACAAAGUGUUCUGCUCGCAAUGGCUCAGCAAUCGGCAGGUCGUCUUCGGUACCAAGUGCAACAAGCUGAUGGUGUACGACGUUAACAUGCGAAGGGUGGACGCCAUUCCGACGUUACCGAAUAGCCACGGGGCCAGCCCCGACACGCAGUCCGGUAUACACGCAUGUCAGAUUAAUCCUAGCCACAGUUUGCUUGCGACCGGUGCGCGACAUUCGGCCGAUAUUGCGCUGUACCGUUUGCCUACGCUAGAUCCGCUCUGUAUCGGUGAGAAUGCGCACCGGGAUUGGGUGUUUGAUAUGUGUUGGCUGGACGAUCAGUUCCUGGUAUCUGGAUCGCGCGAUACCAAGCUUGCACUGUGGCGUGUCAACGAAGAUCUUAUGGAGUUCCCGGAGGUAAAGGACGGCGAGGAGGAACAGGAUGUGCCAAGCUAUGCGCACAUCACGCCCGUCGCCGUAAAGGAAUGCCGCGGUGCGCAAAAGAUCCGGGCAAUUUGUUUCAACAAAGAGUACCGCGAACUGGCGCUGCUUUCGCUAAACGGCUACAUGCAUCUGUUUAAUGCGGAAACGUUCUCACAAAAACUUUCGCGAAAGUUACCCAAUUGUCAGGAAAACGUGUGUAUAGCUUGCCAACCGAACGGUCUGUACGCGGUAGGUUGCCGUUCGUAUACGUUGCUACUGGAUCCACGAACACUGCAGGCCGUGAAAAAGAUAGCAUCGCGGUACAGUGGCUUCGGUAUACGGUCGGCAAGUUUCCAGGGUAACAUUCUUACCAUUGGCACCGGUAUGGGAAUGCUGAUGUUCUUCGACAUACGAGCCGGAAAGUAUCUCGAAUCGUGCAUAAACUCUUCCCGUACGGUAGUACUGAAAGCUAGCAAAGGCUACGUGGCCCAAUUCCCAGACGAAGAAAUGGAUGGAUUCCAGCAGAACAAGUACUCACCCGCUAUAUACACACACUGCUACGACAGUAGCGGUACCAGACUUUUCACUGCUGGCGGACCAUUACCGGCCACACUAAUAGGUAACUAUGCAGGUAUCUGGCAAUAAUGGUAGUCGAUAUUUGAUCGUGCCAAUGGUUUGUUCCAUUGGCAACAGCAGCUAAACAUUGGCAUAGCAGCAAUUUUGCUUGUAAAUUUUGAUCAUAUUUUAAGGUGACAAUUACGUUUUCGAACAACUAUGAAUGUGUGACGGUUUCUACACAGCUCAGGAUCGCACUGCUGCGAAAUCGGUUUUUUGCGAAAAAUGAUAACAACUCUACGGGGCUGCUGCGAUCUUGUGCUGUGCUGAAAUAGUUAACGAGUGUAAACAUUGUACACAUUUGCUAAACAUUUUCUCUACCGUGAAGUAAGAAAUUCAUUAAAAAUUGAAGCUUGAAAGCUAACGAUUAGUGUGACACGUUUUGUGUGGAAAAUCCUUUGGUUUAUCCGGAAUGUGUUAUUUUGUUUUAUUUUGUGAAUCUUCUGGAGGUUUAAAUAAGGUAUAUUUUUUUAUUUAAUGUUUAUGAAUUACUACUAUAGUUUAGAACAUCACGUACGUAGAUUUGAAAGUGUAGCAUCAGCAUCAUGCAUACAAUUAUCUGCCCUGUUUAAUUGUAAUCCUCAAAGGAUAGUUCGAAUGUGUAGCUCGAUCAAAAAAAAAUUAGUUUUGAUUCGUGCUAAAUGUUCGUUUCUUCAUUUGAGAAUUGACAUACAACAGGGACAGAAUAUCAGACAAGGUCAAGUUUUCGCAAAGGACGAUCCCAAGAAGGUUAAAAAUGUCCGUCUACCAACGAAAUAUAGUGUAACGUAAAUUAUACAAGCAACGCUACAACCGUCUGAGCGGCUGAUAUGAGCAAGGUAUUCAAAGAUGGUCUUUGCUACUUUUGUAAGUUGAUCAUCACGAUUCGUUUAGGCAUGGUCAAAAAGUAAAGUAAUAGAAAUUUCAUAAAGAUUGCUAAUAAAGUCUACCUAGUAAAUUAUGAAUAAGACAUUUAA